UGCAAAAUACAAUAACUUUCUCUCUGAUUAUCUUAUACAGUCUAUGAGCGAAAAAAAAAAAAGAACACACAUGUUGAACCGUGUCAAAGUACUUUUUUUUAUUAUUCAAGGACUUUGAUCGCACAGCUUUGCAGUUUCAGGAGAGAACUGACUGAGAGAGAUACAACAGGAAGGUGCCUUUUGUUAAAACUCUAAGAUGCUUUGCCUAAAUAAUGGACUGUUCUUUGGACCUAAAGAUAAGCUUGGUUACUUCAGUGCUUGGGUUUUCCAGCAAGCUGUGAUCCUCCUUCUACUGACAGACUCUUUCAGAGGCCAGUCUCAGGGGGUUGGAGCAUCUCAAACAAUAGUGGCAGUAGUUGGUGAGGAUGUUAUCUUGCCUUGCCACCUGGAACCUGCAGCAGAUGUUGUUUCCAAGAGUCUGGAGUGGGGGAGACCUGACCUGGAACCCAGAUUUGUCCAUGUGUGGCAUGAAGGUCAAAACCUUCUGGUUAACCAAAACCCGUCUUACAAAGGAAGAACAUCACUGUCCAUCGAGAAGCUGAGGCACGGAGACCUUUCACUGAAACUCUCUGCAGUGAAACACUCUGAUAAUGGAAUAUAUAGAUGUUACUUUCCCUCUCAAGAUAAAGAAUCUACUGUUGAGCUUGUUGUUGGUUCUGUCUCCUCACCUGUCUUAGCAGGGAUUUACUUAAACAGCAGUGUAGUGAUUUUAAACUGUGACUCUGAGGGCUGGUAUCCAGAGCCUGAGGUGUUUUGGCUGGACGGUGAGGGAAACCUCCUCUCUGCUGGACCUACAGAGACAGUCAGAGGUCCUGAUGACCUCUAUACUGUCAGCAGCAGAGUGACUGUGGAGAAGAGACACAGCAACAGCUUCACCUGUAGAGUCCAACAGAAGGACAUCAACCAGAUCAGAGAGACUCACAUCCAGGUUACAGCUGACUGCUUUGUGGCCACAUCUACUUCUGCUGCUCGUGUCAGCAUUAUCGUGGUUGUUGUCCUCAUUUUUAGUCUUGCAGGAGUCUUUCUUACGUGGAAAUGGAGACAAAACCAAACCAAAGAAACAAAGAUGCACCAUGAGGCUGAAACUGAAAAGAGAGAGAGAGAGCAGCUCGUGGCACAAAGUAAGGAAAUGGAGGAUUUGGAGGAGAAAAAGGCAAAACUUGAAGAAGAGUUACAGAAGAAAGAGGAAGAGCAGAAAGACUUGGAACAGGUGGUUAAUAUACUGAUGGAACAAAGCAAGGAACUGCAAAACCAGAGGGAUCAGCUCCAACAUCAAAAGGAGGACAUGGAGAAAAACAUGGCAGAUAUUGAGAACAAGAUUCAGUCAGUGGAGAAGAUGGCAGAAAGUGACCGAGCUCAGGGAUACUACGAAAUGAAAAGUAUCACAUUAACGGCCAAAAGACAGCUGGUGGAUAGAAAACAAGAAGAUGCAAAACUUCACCUGCAAACACAAACACUACUGAACAAAACAAACGGUUUGUUAGAUGGAAUGACAGACAGGAAGAAGGAGGUGGAGAACCACAAGGAGAAAAUCAACGAGCAGCUGGAGGAGAUUCAGAGGAAACUUCAGACAGACGAAAGACUGGAAACUAGACCCGUUAAAUUAUCUAUAGACAACAACGUCUAAGUUUUAAUGAUA